ACCUCACUUGACUUCAUCACCUCACCUGCACUUUCAAGAUCAGUCAGUCAGUACUUUCCAAUUGGAAUUCAGUCAGUCAUUAUUUAAAAUUCUUCAAAGAAGACUGACUCUAUUCUACAUACAUACACACACAUACACACACACAUCCUGUACACAUACAUACACACGGUACACACUCAUAAACUUAUAACCCCUUUCUCUUUCUCCUUCUCUUUCUCCUUCUCCUCCCUCUUCAUCCUCGUCCUCUUCUUCUUCUUCUUCUUCUUCUUCAAAAUUCAGAUUGCCUGAUACAUUUUCAACACAUAAUGACAAUCAAUUAAUUUUCCAAUUCAUUAAACAUUGUCCUUAAAUUCUUACAAUAUCCAAACCAAUUUCCGAUUUGAUAUUGAAAUCUCCCUCCCAGCCUACUACAAGAUAACAUGCACGAUUGCGCUUCUUGAUACUUUUUUAAGAAAAAAAAAAGUUACAGUAGCCUACUCAACUCGCUCCUGCAGCCGAACUUUAUCUCAACGAACUUUUAAUUCUUUGAUUUACAACAACGAAUUGUGCUUCCUGCACUGUGCAUCAGCACCCUACAGGUGAAGCAUCACCUUCACCAUGGCAUCAGGCCUUCCUAUGGAAUCUCGUAUUGGGAGAAAUAACCAACGUUAUGGCCCAGAAGGAGAAAGACUCGUUGCGGGUGUGGUCCCUUUGAACGCAGCAAAAACUCACGUCCUCCUUAUACAAUCUACACGUCGGAACGCAUGGGUUUUACCUAAAGGUGGAUGGGAGACUGAUGAAGAAUGCAUUCAAGCAGCACAACGUGAAGCAUGGGAGGAGGCAGGAAUAGUUUGUACCGUCGAUUAUGAUUUGGGUCAAAUCACCGAAACCAGAACUGCCAAACAAAUCUCGAAAAAUGCACCCAAAGCACUUUACCAAUUCUUCCAAGUCACCGUUACAAGCGAAGAGACAGAAUGGCCAGAGAGGCACAAGAGGAAUCGAAAGUGGGCGACAUAUUCAGAGGCAAAACAUGAUCUUCAAGAGCGUCCAGAAUUAUUACAGGCUCUUGAACGUUGUACCAUUCAACGGUAGCCUUGGGGGCCCGGUGUUUAUUCUCCAACAAUUCGCUGUAGUAGGACGGCCGAAGAGACAACGAUACACAGUACACAGUACACGACGAUACACGACGAUAUGCCUUUCCAUCCGAUCGAGUUGGGAUUGAGCAAUAAUAAGUUUUUGAGAUCGGCCGUACUGUAUACCCACCAGCUGCAGUGUUAAUUCAACGAGUUAUGGAUACCGGGUUCCGUUGAAAAAAAAAAAAUAAGUAAAAAAGAUAUUUUGAGGAUUUUAUUUUUGGGUUGGUUGGUUGGUUUUCUUCAAGAAAAUUGCUGCUUUACUCUUCUUUUUUCGUCUGCACUAGAUGGCAAAAUAAAGUCGGAUCUAAUGCAGUGUGUUCUCAUCACUCACAUGUCGUUCUAUGGUCUUUUUCUUUCUUUCUAUUGAACAUCAUAUAUUUACCUACUUUGAGGUUUUUCGACACCUUCAUUGUUACAUAUCUCCCCAAAAGCGCCAUGACAUAUCACAUUUUGAGAUCUUCACUGAAGUACUUGAGUACUAACUUGUACUAUUCUUGCUAUAUCUAAUGAAGUGGACAGUGUUUGUACUAACAGUCCAUGGAAAAUUCUAUUAACAUUGGAGGAAAAAAGGAGAAAGGAGGAAGGAUUGAUUCGAUAUCGAAUAAUAUAUAUAGAGAAAUAAAGAGCAAUAUCAUUCAUUACCAACCU